AUGGUUGUUCAAGAUUUGCCCGAAGUACCAAAUAUUGAAUGUUAUUGUUUCAAUCCUAUCUUAGGUCUUGUUAUUCGUACUUUUGGGAAGUUAAAGAGAAAGCUGUUUAACCUGGAAUUGAACACUGUGAGUUCUGGGGAUAAACAAGUAGUGUCCUUUAUUGGGAAAAUCAGAUGUUGUGAACUUCUCAAUUCAUCAAGAGUGAUUGAAAGUUUGUACCUUGAUUUAAUGGCUAAUGAAUUCGAUGACAUAAAACUAUGGGCUAUAGGUCAUUGGGUACUCAGAGAUGCUGACAAAAUAGAUGUUUUUACAAGUGAAGUUAGAAAAAUUCGUCUGCCUGAAGGGUAUAUGGAGAGAAUAAAAGGAAGAGGGAUUAUAGCAAGAGAUAAGAUAGCUUUUUGCAGAUUGUUCAAUGGGUGGUUUUACGAAUCAUUGGGGAUGGAAUUCAUGCGUAGAGAGUAUGUUUUUUGGAUUUCCUAUCACUGCAUGGCCAAUGCAUUCAAAUCAGCCAAUGUAACAAAGUAUCUGAAAGUUGGACCAACCGUUAGGCCAUCAGCUAUGGGCGCAUUGAGAUGA